AUGGAGCUCCAGGUUGCGAAACAGGCAGUACGCACGGCAUCUAAACUGGCCCACACGGUUGCUCAGCAUCACAUUUCGUCAAUCUCUAAAAGCGACCAAUCUCCCGUGACGGUGGCCGAUUUCGGGGCCCAGGCGGUGAUCAUUUCCGCUCUCAAGCAGGCUUUCCCCGGUGACCCCGUUGUCGGCGAGGAGGACGCGGCUGCUUUGCGAGCAGACGACACGCUUGCCAACAAGGUAUGGGCCUUAGUUAAAGAGGCAGCUCCCCAUGACAAGAAUUUGAGCGAGCGGACCAACUUAUUUGCUGCCAUUGAUGCAGGAAACUAUGCCGGUAGUGCCAAGGGCCGCCAGUGGGCUCUUGACCCAAUUGACGGCACCAAGGGCUUUUUGCGCGGCGGCCAGUAUGCUGUGUGCUUGGCCUUAAUUGUAGACUCCCGCGUCGAGCUAGGCGUCAUUGGCUGCCCCAAUCUGGGCCCGCGCGGCGGUCUUUUUUCUGCCGUCCGAGGCAAAGGUGCAUUCUGGGAGCCGUUGUUUGAGGAAAGCACGCCGGAAAAGAUCUCUUUCCGUCACAUUGAGUCUACCAAAGAUGCGACUUUCUGUGAAAGCGUCGAGAGCGGCCAUUCAGCCCUCGACACCCAGCUCAAGAUUGCCCAGUCUCUGGGCAUCUCGAAUCCGCCAGUGCAGAUGGAUUCUCAAGCGAAGUACUGCUCCUUGGCCAAAGGUGAUGCCGAUAUUUAUUUACGACUCCCCGUUCGCAUGGACUACGAAGAAAAGAUCUGGGAUCAUGCGGCUGGCAACAUCCUGAUCACUGAGGCCGGGGGCGUUGUCACAGACAUGAAUGGCAACCUGCUUGACUUUGGCAAAGGCCGAACGCUCAAGGACAAUAAGGGCGUUAUCGCUGCUGCAAAGAGCAUUCACAGCGACGUGCUGAAGGCAGUGCAGAAGGCACUUCUGUAG